AAGUGUUACCAUGGCAACUGGAUAAUGCAUGGAUGUUAAAAUGGCGACGGGACCAUCCGUAGCGGUUGUUGGUGGUGGGAUAUCGGGGCUGGUUUGCGCUGUACGACUUAACCAACUGGGAAUACGAAAUGUAACUGUCUUCGACACCGGAAAGCAUGCAGCUGGAGGGAGAUGUUCUAGUCGUUAUGUGAACAUAGACGGGAGGCUCCAUACGUUUGACCAUUCCACCCAGUUUUUCACUGCGUCAGACAAACGCUUCUGCAACGUCAUAUCCUUUUUACACUCCAAGGGCGCAGUAAAAGUGUGGCAGGGUCCGAUUGGUCAUUUAAAAGGUGGCCGUUUUCAGCCAAUGAAAUCUCUAACUCAAGCUUUUGUGGGAGUUGAUGGCAUGUCUUCCAUAUCUAAUUGCCUGGCAUCCCAUGUCAACCUGAAACGCCCUGUUUGGGUAGGAAGCGUUGUUUGGGAGGAACUACCAAGGAAAUGGAAAGUUGAUAGAUUUGGGUUUUACGACUAUCUGGUGAUAGCACAUAAUGGCAAAUGUGCUGAUAGGUUAAUGUCUCACGCGGGCGUUCCAAAAAUUCAUCGCCUUCUUCAGGUCCGGUUUACGCCUCGUCUUGACACAAAAGACCAACGCAUGCAACUUUCUUCUCUGUGGAUGUUAAUGGUGGCCUUUCCUAAGUCCCUGUGUUUACCGUAUGAGGGAGCACACGUAGAAGAUAGGGACAUUUCUUGGGUUGCAAACAAUACGGCAAAAUUAUCCCAAACAAAAACUUCCAUGAAUGGAGUCGAGUGCUGGACUGUAUUCAGCACCAAGGAGUUUGGUAGUACGCACAAAGUCCCACAAGAAAAUAUACCCCCACAAAAAGAAAAACAGGUAACUGAUGAACUGCUUGCUGCAUUUGCAAAAGUCACUGGAAUAGGAUCAAAGUUACCUCCACCUAGAUAUACAAGGGUUCAGUUAUGGGGAGCAGCCCUCCCACUCAAUACUCUCUCCACAAAAGAGGAAUGCGUGUUUGAUGGCCAACAUAACAUAGGGAUAUGUGGGGACUGGUUGGUGAGUCCUUGUAUACAGGGAGCCGCCAUUAGUGGGAUUCGUCUUGCAGAAUUUAUCCAAAACCACUCUUCAGGUGCUAACAGGACUGGUACGAGUUUACAGCCCGAAUUUACAUCAACAGAUGGUCACGCCAUCGGCUCCUUUCCAACUGAUUCCUCCAUAAUAUUUAAACCAAAGAAGACAUAACGAUUUUCAGAGUAUUGUACUUUUUUGUAAUACGCUUCUUCGUGGGUUACAAUAAAUGAUAAAAAUUGUGAAAAAACCUUGUUACUUCAUUUGGCGUUUAUAAAGAAAUAAAGAAAGCGUUGUAGUUUUGUGUCGCCUUUGAAGCAUGGCGGACAUUAAAUUAUAAGAGAUCACAUAGGCAAUUCUCAAUUUAACUGUUUCUUCGUUGCCACUUGCUACAUUGAUUUGUUGCGUUGUAUGUGACUUUGUCAUAAUAAUUCAUAGUCAUUAAAUUUUUCCUGCUGGAUUUAUGACCCCUUUGGGAAAAUUUCUCGA